AUGGUGCUAGAGGCACAGCUUUGCUUGCAAGAUCAGCCUUUGGCUGGUGACCUGGAGGCUAAACUCCAGGUGAAUCAGAACGUGGAGAUCCAAAGGGCCCGUCUGCGAGAUGAUAUUAAGGAAUAUAAAUUCCGAGAAGCGCGUUUGCUGCAAGACUACACUGAGCUCGAAGAGGAAAACAUCUGUCUCCAGAAACAAGUGUCUGUCUUGAAGCAAAAUCAGGUGGAGUUUGAAGGCCUGAAACAUGAAAUCAAAAGACUUGAAGAGGAAACGGAAUUUCUCAACAGCCAGCUAGAAGAUGCCAUACGGCUGAAGGAGAUCUCCGAACGCCAGCUUGAGGAGGCCUUAGAGACGCUGAAGACAGAGCGGGAGCAGAAGAACAAUCUUCGUAAAGAGCUCUCUCACUACAUGAACAUUAAUGACUCCAUGUACAGCAGCCACCUGAACAUCUCUUUGGAUGGACUGAAGUUCAGUGAUGAAGCCACAGAGCCCAAUAAUGAUGAAAUCAUGAAUGGAUUUGAACAAAACUGCCUCAGCAAACUCAGCAAUGGCAAGAAUAGUACAUCAACACCCAAGAAAAAUGAAAGCUUCCCUCCAGCCCCAAGUCUGGUUUCAGAUCUUCUGAGUGAAUUAAACAUUUCUGAAAUCCAGAAGCUGAAACAACAGCUUGUUCAGAUGGAAAGAGAGAAGGUGAACUUGUUAACAACGCUACAGGAAUCUCAGAAGCAGCUGGAAAAUACACGGGGGGCCCUCUCAGAGCAGCAUGAGAAAGUCGGCAGACUCACAGAAAACCUGAAUGCGAUGAAGAAGCUCCAGGUCAGCAAGGAACGUCAGUCUGCCCUUGACAAUGAGAAGGACCGAGACAGCCAUGAAGAUGGAGACUAUUAUGAAGUUGACAUCAAUGGGCCAGAGAUCCUGGAGUGCAAGUACAAAGUGGCUGUGGCAGAGAUUACUGACCUAAAAGAAGAGCUUAAAAAUCUUAAGGCAAAAUACAAAGAAUGUGAGUCUAAGUAUGAGGAAGAGAAGAGCAGAUAUGAGACUGAGAGCCAAGCUCUCACUGAAAAGAUCACCUCACUAGAAAAAUCUGGUAGGCAUGAUAGAGAACAGGUGGCCAGACUGGAGAAGGAGCUGAAGAAAGUCAGUGAUGUUGCUGGAGAAACACAGGGCAGCCUCAGUGUGGCCCAGGAUGAACUAGUCACCUUCAGUGAAGAACUGGCCAAUUUAUACCACCAUGUCUGUAUGUGCAACAAUGAAACUCCAAACAGAGUGAUGCUGGAUUACUACAAGGAAGGUAAAGGCGGACGCAGUAGUCCAGAGACCAAGGGAAGAAGGUCUCCCAUUCUUCUUUCUAAAGGGCUGUUAACUAUAGAGCUAGGAAAGGCAGAGAAUGGAAGCGGUGACAGCAGCCCUUCUCCAGUGUCAUCUUUGCCGUCUCCUGUGUCAGAUCCUCAGAAGGAACCAAUGAACAUUUACAACUUGAUUGCUAUAAUCCGGGAUCAGAUCAAACACCUGCAGGCUGCUGUGGACAGAACAACUGAGUUGUCCAGGCAGCGUGUUGCCACUCAAGAACUUGGACCUGUGGUGGACAAAGACAAGGAAGCUCUCAUGGAAGAAAUCCUGAAGCUGAAGUCCUUGCUGAGCACCAAGAGAGAACAGAUAGCAACUCUGAGAACUGUGCUGAAGGCCAACAAACAGACUGCAGAGGUAGCCCUUGCCAACUUAAAAAGCAAGUAUGAAAAUGAGAAAGCUAUGGUUACGGAGACAAUGAUGAAGCUGCGAAAUGAGCUGAAGGCUUUGAAAGAAGAUGCUGCUACCUUCUCUUCCCUGAGAGCAAUGUUUGCUACAAGAUGUGAUGAAUAUGUCACACAGCUGGAUGAAAUGCAGCGGCAGCUUGCAGCAGCUGAGGAUGAGAAGAAGACUCUGAACUCCUUGCUUCGGAUGGCUAUCCAGCAGAAACUGGCACUGACCCAGCGCCUGGAACAUUUGGAGCUAGACCAUGAGCAGUCCAAAAGGGUGCGCACAAAAUCUGCUUCCAAAGCCAAGAGCAGUAACCCUACUCUGUAGAGUAGUCCCUGGAGAAGGCCUUUCCAACAGUGCAACAGCAUUUCUUAACUUCUUUCAUUAUGGUUAAAAGUGGUAGCCCAUUGCACAAAGAAUGGAAACCACUGACCUGAUCCUAACUCUUGAAAACACCUUUUUCCUAUAUAAUACCUGAAACGUUCCUUUUAUGUAUGAAGCUAUAAAACAAACAAGCUUUACCUAUAAGUGCUGCUGCAGUAAGAAACCUUACAAGUGCUGAAGAAACCUACUUCAAAAGUAAUGAUCACCAUGUUAGUUUAUGAUCUACUAGAAAUGUUCGGAUUGGGGAAUUUAUUAUUUCAUUGCAGAUGCUAAUUUUUUAUCUGAUUGUUAAACCUGUGCACUUUUGAUAUUUUGAUAUUUUUCUUUAGCUUCUGUAAUUCCUUAUGUAGAAGAGUUUAUAUAAAUGCAGUGGUUUGUGCUCAUAGUCUCUCCAACUUGGGUUUGUGAUUUUCGAAUUCUACAUCAGCAUGUGGCAGAGAUUUGGGGGGAGCUCUAGAUUGUGAUUAGAAAAGGGUUUCAACAAAAAACAGGAGCUCUGCUAAACUGUGUGCUGUGCUUCAGCAGCUUUUUUAUUAUAAAAUGUUAAGCUUUAUAUGUUUAAAUUACAGAUUUUUUUU